AUGGCCCCCGGUGUAGGAGGCUACCGUCAAAUCAACAAAGCCUUGAAUAUUUGUGCCUUCGAGGAGUAUCUCGAAAGCCAGCAGACACAUUUGAGCUAUCUUCCAGACGUGGAGCAAAUCAGCCCCCGUGUAAUUCGAGUGCUCGGACAGAAUCCAGGAAAGUUUACCCUCCAAGGAACGAAUACGUAUAUCGUCGGCACGGGGACGGAGCGCCUGAUCAUCGACACUGGCCAGGGAAUUCCCGAAUGGGCGGACCUGAUCAAGGAGACUCUGUCCCGCGAUGACUUCUCGUUGUCUGACGUGCUCCUCACCCACUGGCACGGGGACCACACUGGUGGAGUUCCUGAUCUCCUUCGCAUGUACCCCGAUCUUACGCCACGCAUUUUCAAGCACACGCCAGACAGGACUCAGCAACCUAUCGUCGAUGGCCAGAUCUUCAAGGUAGAAGGUGCCACUGUGCGAGCAGUCCACUCCCCGGGCCAUUCGCAUGACCACAUGUGCUUUAUUUUGGAAGAAGAGGAGGCCAUGUUUACGGGUGACAAUGUGCUGGGCUCGGGAACAGCAGCUAUCGAACAUCUCAGCACCUGGAUGGUGACACUGAAGCAAAUGCAGAGCCAUGGCUGCAAGCUGGGCUAUCCAGCCCACGGAGCGGUAAUCACCGACCUUCAGUCCAAAAUUGGCAAUGAACUGGCCGGCAAGCUACGACGGGAGCGCCAGGCGCUGCAGGCGCUCCGACAAGCAAGUCGGAAUAUAAGCGGUGCACCCGGUAAAGGCAGGCUUACAGUCAAAGAGCUUGUGGCAGCUGUGCAUGGGGACCGAAUUGAUGACGGUAUCAGGGUGCUGGCUCUGGAGCCAUUCAUGGAUGAGGUGCUCCGCAAGCUGGCAGAGGAUGGUGCGGUGGGAUUCGAUAUGCGAGGAGGCGUGAAAAAAUGGUUUGCUGUGUGA